AAGCAUCUCAAGUCAAAACAAAACUCAAAAAACAUCAUGAACGAGCUGGUAAUCAAAACAAUUGAUUAGUUAAAAUUUGCUGUUCUUCAUUCGAUCACGGUUUUUAAAUUAUGGCUGACGAAAGUAGUAGUCCUACUGAGUGGACUGAAUUUACAGUGAAAGUCGAGUGUGAAACCACUGAAUUGAAUGAAAAUGAAGUUGAGGUUUACAGCAUAGAACAUGACGAAGAGAAGAUUUUUGCUGCGCUUCUGAAUAUUCCUAAAAUCGAGAAUAAUGAUGAAGAUUCUGGGACUGAAGGUACUGCAGACGACAGCUGCCAAUUGACUGUGCCUCCAAGUCCCGGAGAUAGUCUACCAAAUUCUCCAGCCAACCAAAACGCUGUCAAAUGUGGUGACACGCAAAGCAAGGGGAAGCUGCAAUUUACCAAUAAACGCCAAUUCAAGCGAAUGAUUGAUCUUCUAAAUAAGCAGCCAGAGGUCGCGAGAGGAUCAGCAAGAUUUAAUACCGGCCCGUAUUGGGAAGCUAUGGCAGCUGAACUGAAUAGUCUCGGGCCACCGACCAAGGAAUCGACGGCAUGGAAAAAGGUAUGGGUCGACUGGAAGUCAAAUACAAAGCGGAAACUAGUGCAUAAUCUCAAUGAACAACAAGCUACAAGGGGCCAUAAAAAGCGCAAAAUUUUCGAAUUUACUACACUGGAAGAACGUCUCAUUGAUAUCGCGCGACUUGCGGCAGCCGUUGAUGGCACAGACGACUCAGUUGGUCCUGGGGUAGAGUCGGAUCCAGUACAUCCAACCAAUGAAAAGGAAACAAACGAAGUGAGCAGCGAAAAGCAAAUCCAAAAUUCAGCGGAAGAAAACGGAGAGGAAGAAGGUCCAUGGAUGUUCGCCUUGCUGGAAAGGCAGAAAGUAACAACCAGAAAACAGUUCGAACUAAUGAUCGAAGUACUAGAGAAGUAUCCAGCGGUGGCGAAGGGAUUGAAAUUCGCAGAAUAUGCCGGCUUCGGCAAGGAUCCCUAUUACGAAGUGUGGAAUGAACUUGCUGCGUCGCUGAACAGCGUUGGUCCACCCGUCAGGAAAAUGCAAGAGUGGAUGAAGGUGUGGAAUGACCUCCGACUAAAGGUUAGAAAGAAGCUCGAGCAUAACCAGACGGAAAUGAAAGUCAAUGGCGGGAGACCAAAUCGUUUGAUGUUUUUGUCGUCAUACGAAAAACAAGUGGCAAAAUUAUUAUCAUUCCAAAAACCCUACGAAGCUCCUUCCCCCGAGUUGAAGUCGCGAGUAUCUUCAGUGGCUCAAUCAUCGAACUCGCUUGGAAGGGCAUUAGAUAACGAAAACGACGAAAUUUCCGAUGUAAAUAGAGGUGAGCCGGUGGAAGUGUCCGUGACUCCUAAGAAUCCAGCGUCUACAAAUAACAGGCAGAAAUUGGAGCAACAACCGGUAAAAAGAAAUGAACCGACCGAAAUACCUGUAGCAAUGACAAUAGUGCCUCCUAGGCAAAACGCGUCCAAAAACUACAGGCGAAAAUUGUUGGAGCAACAGACCGAUUACCUCCGAGAGCUGGUGCAAAAUAGUCGCGAGAGUCUUCGACUCCAGAAGGAAACGCUGGAGCUUCAUAAAGAACGGUUGAAACUCAAGAAAAAAGAAUUAGAUCGGGCAGAGAAACAUCAAGCAGACCAGUCGAAGUUUCAGUCUCAAGUUCUUGAAUACAAAAAAAUAAAACUGGAAUUGCUGCGCUCCCAAAUGAAUGGAAUGUCGAAAUAAUAUU